AUGACGGGCUCCGACAAGGUCCAGUUCACCCCUCCGGCGUCGCCGCCUUCUCCGACUGCUUCAUUCUUCGACGUCAGCGACGCGGAGGAGGAUGAAUACAACACCAUCGCCCACGCUGCCGCCAGGAGAGGCGUGAGGCUUCUAUUCUCUAAAAGCAAGGUAUACGUCCACCCAACUGCUUCCGCGAAAGACAAUAUCCCCGGCUUCAUCGCCCUCCUCCAACAAAAGCCUGCCACUUCCCCUCACAAUGCCUCGCGCCCCGAAUCAUCAAAUCAGCCGGACCUUUCCUCCUAUCUUCUCGCCUGGGUUCCCGAAUCUGCCCUUGGCGAUGCCUACGACACAUACGUCAAAGUCGACCUCGCGGAGGGCGAUUCCCCGCCGCGCCAAAAGUACCUCGUCCCCGCGCUUCCGGAAACAUCUACAUUCAAAGACCCAAUAGGUCUAUACUCAUUUGCUGUCCCGCUAUCACAUAUUUAUUCUCUGCUCGUGCGCCCUCCGAGCUUGGGAUGGUGGUUUGGCAGCCUUGUGAUCAACUCUCGGGCAGGCGACAGCUUUCCAGCGCUCUUUUUCCACGACAGCGAAUGCGAAUCCACUAUCUUGCAGAAGAAGAAGCGGACACGGGAAACAUUCGACCCCUUUGAUGAGAGUGGGAGUGUGUUCUGGGGUGGAGAUGAGGUCCUGCGAUGGCUCCGGCAACACGUUGACGUGCAGCGCUCCACCGUCGACAGUGCCGUCUAUCUGAUAAACCCCUCCGAGGAGGAUCAGCUUUCCUUCGGGAAAGCACAGCUUGCCGAUGCCUCUGCAGCGAACUUGCAGGAACCCCCUGCAGCUCCGAGGGGCGCCGCCGCCCAGCAGCACGAUGCAGGCAUGGACCCGUUUAUGAAGGCAAUUAAGGAGACAAGAUGGAAGGUCCUUGAACAGUUGAGCAAGAUUACAACUUUUACGAGACGCACUGCAAACGAAAUAGCCGACAACCCUCGCGUUCCUCCCCAAGUCCGUCGCCUUCUGAAGACCCCGGAAAUUCAAACGCUACAAGAGGAAUUUGAUAGCGCUAGGAUAUACCUCGCCCGCUGGGCGAUGAGUAUUUCAGAACAAAGCGAUCGGGAAAGAAACCAGCGGAUAUAUACUGCAAAGGAUGUGCUCGAGAUGGAGAACAGCUCUGUCGGGGAUUUCGAGAUCCUGGACCUCGAGAUGGGGAACAUGUCGACCAACGAGCGCCGAAAGCCAGUUACCUUUGAAGAAUGGAAGGGCUUCUUUGAUCCGCGAACUGGGCGACUGCUCGUCACGGUCAACGAGGUGAAGGAGAGAGUCUUCCACGGUGGUUUAGAUCCGAAUGACGGGGUCAGGAAGGAAGCCUGGCUCUUCCUGCUUGGGGUCUAUCCGUGGGAUAGUGACAGUGACGAUCGUCAGGCCCUGAUGAACUCGAGACGCGAUGAAUAUAUUCGCCUGAAGGGAUCAUGGUGGGAGAGAAUGGUCGACGGCGAUUCCACGAUUGAGCAGCAGGAGUGGUGGAAGGAGCAGAGAAAUCGAAUAGAGAAAGACGUCCACCGUACGGACCGGACGAUUCCUCUGUUCGCAGGAGAGGAUAUCCCCCAUCCAGACCCGGAUUCCCCAUUCUCAGAUGUCGGGACAAACGUGCAUCUCGAGCAAAUGAAGGACAUGCUUCUUACUUACAACGAAUACAACCAAGAUCUGGGCUAUGUCCAAGGCAUGAGCGACCUUCUCGCCCCCCUCUACGCCGUUAUGCAGGAUGAUGCAGUUGCAUUCUGGGCGUUUGUCAAUUUCAUGAACAGGAUGGAGCAAAAUUUCCUCCGUGACCAGUCCGGAAUGCGUGCUCAACUACUUACCCUAGACCACCUCGUCCAACUCCUAGACCCUCAGCUCUAUCUCCACCUGCAGUCCGCUGACAGCACAAACUUCUUCUUCUUCUUCCGAAUGCUCCUUGUCUGGUACAAGCGGGAGUUCGAAUGGGUUGAUGUCCUGCGUCUCUGGGAAACCCUAUGGACCGACUAUCUAACCAGCAACUUCCAUCUCUUCGUCGCUGUAGCCAUCCUAGAGAAGCACAGAGAUGUCAUAAUGGACCACCUCAAACAAUUCGAUGAGGUUUUGAAAUACAUCAACGAACUCUCCAACACCAUGGACCUCCUCCCUAUUCUCGCCCGCGCCGAAUCUCUUUUCCACCGCUUCUGCCGCUCCGUCGAAGCAAUCGAUAAGAAAGACAACUUCCCCACCCCGUCAGCUCAACAGCGCAAACCAAUCCAAUCUCAACCCCAGUCCCCCUCCAACGCAAACAAGGGCAAGGCCCCCGAGCGCUCAUCUGCCUCGGCCUCUGGCGUCAGCACAGGCCGGCCGCCAUCCUCAAACCUAAGGCCCGGUGAUAAAGAGCCAAACACCAAGAUCAUUUCACCUGAGCUGAGAGAGUUGCUGAGGAAGGAUAUAUUCUGGAAUGAUCAUAUCCCGGAUCCUACCCCAGAUUCUAAACCGGAUGAGAACCCGCAGUCGGAGUCGGCAUAG